AUCAGGAACGCGCGAGUGGACGGACGCAGUUGCGUGUUUGCGUCAUGUCCCGAUGCAUUGUGGGUGAAGAAACUUUAGCGGAGUCGCGCCAUUUUUUGUGUGUUUUGACCUGAAAUCAAAAAGCUGCGUUUGGUUACGGUUUUGAAUCCUUUCCUGUUGGUUUAGAAGAUAUUAACGAGUUAUUAUUAAAAUGGGACGAAAGAAGAAGAAGCAAAUGAAGCCCUGGUGCUGGUAUUGCAACAGAGAUUUUGAUGAUGAAAAGAUUCUCAUUCAGCACCAAAAAGCCAAACAUUUCAAAUGUCAUAUAUGUCACAAGAAGCUCUACACAGGACCUGGAUUGGCCAUACAUUGCAUGCAGGUGCACAAAGAGACUAUAGACUCAGUUCCUAAUGCAAUACCAGGAAGAACAGACACAGAACUGGAAAUCUACGGCAUGGAGGGUAUUCCAGAUAAAGACAUGCAAGAUCGGAGAAGAGUACUUGAACAAAAGUCACAGGAGAGUCAGAAGAAGAAGCAGAAUCAGGAUGAUUCCGAUGAGGACGACGAUGAUGAUGAUGUUGAAGCUGGACCUUCAUCGUUUCAGCAGCCUGCUGCUCCGCCUCAGGCAGCCUACAUGCCCCCAAUGACCCAGGCGAGCAUGUAUCCUGGACUUCAGGUCCAAGGCAUGCCACCCGCUGGUUAUCCAGGCAUGCCACCUAUGUUGACUGGUAUCCCACCAAUGAUUCCUGGGAUGCCACCAGUAAUGCCAGGCAUGCCACCUGGCAUGAUGCCAAUGGGAGGGAUGAUGCCCCCAGGUCCAGCAAUGCCUCCGAUGAUGCCUGGCAUGCCACCAGGAAUGCCACGUCAUGUUGCCAGGCCUGGCAUGCCUCCUAUGGCACCUGCAGCCCCUGUCACAGCUCCUGGAAUGGCCAGCAGACCAACUGUACCUGCCACGCAGUCCGCUGCAUCCAAACCUCUCUUCCCCAGCGCUGUGCAGAUGGGGACUGGUGUUGCGAGCCCCAGCGCAGCCCCUGCGAGUGCAGAGACACAGUCUGCCUCCUCUAAGCCUCUGUUCCCUAACUCUGCCCAAGCGCAGCAGACAGUAUCGGGACCAUCAUCAACCACCUCUGAUUCUCCUAAAGUGACAUUCCCAGCCUACACCCAGCCUUCCUCCACUCCCUCUGUUGCUGCCUCCUCCAGCACUGUGGCCAAACCCCCUGCCACAGUCACAAGUAAGCCAGCCACCCUCACCACCUUGAGUGCUACCAGUAAGUUGAUGCACCCUGAUGAGGAUAUUUCGCUGGAAGAGAGACGGGCUCAGCUGCCUAGAUACCAGAGGCUAAUCCCUCGUCCUGGGCAGACUGCAGCAGCUGCUGCCUCAGCUCCCCCUAGUGGAGCAGUGGGAGGAAUGAUAUCUGCCCAGCGGGUUAUACCUCCUCAGCAGCCUGGAAUAAGGCAUCCCAUACAUGGUCAGUAUGGUGGUCCUCCACAGGGCAUGCCUGGUUAUAUGGCUGGUGGCAUGCCUCCUUAUGGGCAGAGUGCCCCAAUGGUGUCUCCAUACCAAGCUGGGCCUCCUAUGGGCAUAAGGCCACCUGUAAUGUCUCCAGGCAGCCGAUACUGAAAUGGCGCUGUCAUCCCACUAGGUUUGGAGGUUAAACCUUUUCUCAUCUUGUGCUUUUAACGUAGCCAAUCCAAUGAGCUCUAAACCCACUGCUGAAGAAAAACUGCAUACUGGACAUUUGAGAGAUGUAAUAUCACACAAGAGUUUUGGAUUCAGCCCUUAAAUAAAGACAAAGAAGAUAACAGCAGCAUCAAUGUUACAGUUGAUACAUGUAUUGCUUUUCUUCCUAUUGUGUUUCAUUCAGGUUGUACAAGUACAGUAUAUUAGACAAAGGUUCAUAAUAUAUUGAAGCCGCUGGCCUAACAGUAUCUCCAUACUCAAGGCAAGUUCCCAGUAAGAUUUCUGCUUUUAUCUUAGUAGUGAAGCCCUCACAGCACCAUACUGUGCUGUUGGACUCUACGUCCCCAACAUCAGCUUGGUGAGGGCUUCAGAUCACUGUUGUCAUGGUGUUUUGUUUUCUUUUUGUUUGCAUCCAUUUAUUCAGGGUUUAAAUAGCA